CCUCGAUCAGCACAGUGCGCUAAUAGACGUUACUUCUCACGGAUCAGCAGUAACAUAUCUCUGAGAUGUUCGUGAAAGUCUCGUGGGUCGCCGUAACAAUAAUCACGCUAUUUUGCGUUUAUACUUCCGCUCAAAUUGUAUCGCAAGUCUGUUUAGGCUGCAUAUGCGAAGUUAGUUCAGGAUGUAAUACCACUAUCGGAUGUUCCGAAACUGUAUGUGGACCCUUUGCCAUAACAUGGGGUUACUGGUUUGACGCUGGUAAACCAACUCUAAACAGCGAGCCACUUAGCGACAAUGCUUAUGCCAGAUGCGUCAACGAUCCUUACUGUGCUGCUGCCGCAGUACAAAAUUACAUGACCAAAUUCGGUCACGACUGUACCGGAAAUGGAGUGAUUGAUUGUGAAGAUUAUCUGCGUAUUCAUCGACUUGGCGCAAAUGGUUGCACCGGUGCGCUUAAUAGCAAAUAUGAGAAUAGAUUCAAAUUAUGUUUACAAACCUUUCAAAAUCAAUAAUAUAUUAUGUUAAUUAUCAAUACAUAUAUUAUGUUAUCACUUAA